UUCAGAUUUCUAACCACACGUACCAAUCCCGGCGAUAGGCUGGAAUAAAAUUAUUGACGGUAAUAUAAACAAUAUUCUCUGUAUCGAUGCAGCUACGCUUCCAACGAUUCUAGUACUACUCAUUCGUGUUUAGCUUGUUCAACAGCACAUGCAACUUCUCGAGUGUAACAAAAACUGCUGGGAGUUAAUUGAUUUUCUUUCGAAUAAAAGACAAAACUUUCAUCAUUAAGUUCAUGUUGUUAUAUUGAAUGUAUUUAACCUACAAGAUCAAGCGUCUUUUACUCAUAGUUAAGAGGAUUUGGACAAGAAAUGGUUGCGAAACAUCAAUUUAAGUAUGAAAUGAAUCAUGCUCUUGGUAAAUAUUCAAGCUAAUUUUUCGUGAUUAUCCUCCCUGAUGAUACUGUUAUCGAUUCCGAAGAUUUUCUAGUGGACGAUGCUAGCUGUAGACAGACCGCCGAAGGUCCGAAAAGCUGGCGAAAUUGGUUAACUAUUCAAAGAGAUCACUCGGAACGAUAGAACAGAACGCAUUUUUUCAACAGGACUCAUUACACCUACUCAGCUGCACCUUGAUCGAUGUGAACGGGCCAUUUGCCGGCACCGAUUAGCUGUUUGAUAAUUACUCCAUCUAUCCACGUUAUUAAUUUAGGGUAUCUUGAGCUAUCUGUGGCUACGAAAUGGGCUUAUAAAGUGCAGUGCUGGUCCGUGGUUCGUUGCAGUACUACAAUUAAACCCGGAAGUUAAAACACCGCUCUCUAGUGCCGGGUGAAACAUGGAAUAUAUUCGCAAACUGCACAAGUACAAAUCGUUCCACUUUGUUGCCAGUGAUCCGGAGUCGGGCAACGCAGAUAUUGUUGAGUAUAUUGAGAAUUUCCUACGUUUGAUUGGUGUUUCGAUAUUCAAGCGUAAAUGGAAUUUCUUUAAUUUCGUGUUUGUGGUUGGAAUGACGAUGUUCCCAUUGUACAUGAUGUGUGUCUGCUACACCUGCUUUCUGUAUCGCCACGAUACUAGUAAGCUAAUAUUCUGUAUAACAACGCUGGGCUUCAAUUUCCAGGCCUUGGUUAAAAUAUUUUUCUUCACCAUUCGUCGCCGUCGGGUGCUUACAUUGAACGACUUCAGCGCCAGGCACUACCGAUGUGUAAAGCGGGAAAGUGAUCGUGUGCAGGAUGUGAUUUGUAAAAAUCUGAGUCUUAUUUUCGUCAUCUUCAAGGGAACGUUUUAUGUGUACCAAAUGUUGAUGAUAACGGCAUUGAUUCUACCAGUGGUGGUUUCCUUCUUCCUAGAGGACCUCAUUUUGCCUUUCGGCUUUAUUUUGCCGUUUGUCAAUCCAGAGGAAACAACUGGUUAUGUGGUGAAUUACAUUUUUCAAACGAUAAUUUCCUACUAUUACUACGGAAUAUCGGCCGGCUCGGAUAUAGCUAUCAUCUACAAUCUGCUAACUGCCUCCGGUCAACUGGAUUGUUUGAUGGCGUUAGUCGAAGAGCUAAACGAUCAAUUGGCGCAAGGAAUCACACCAACAGCAAUUCGUCGAAAGAUACUGCAGAUCAUCCAGCUUCACCAAUUUCAUCGCGAAUAUCUGAAGAAGCUGACGAAAUUCCUCUAUCUCUACCACGUUGGAGCCAUUGGGAGCACUAUCUUCUCGAUCAUCAUCUCGGUCUUAGGAUUCGUAUUGCUUCGCUGGUAUACAGGAAUUGUGGUUGGCGCGCUCGCUUCAUUACAACUGUUCUAUGUCUGUUUUCUUGGAACAUGCUUCGAAAUUAAGACCGACGAGCUCAUAGCUACCGUUGGCGCAAUUAAAUGGGACCGGUUAACGAGCGUUGAAAUGAAGAACAUGAACCUGGUGCUGACGAUAACACAAAAUCCCAUACUGUUAAUGUUGCCGGCCGCUACUUUCGUCUGUCAGUGGGGAAUUGUUUUUUUCCCCGUUGCCGGAGCACCAAAACAACAUCAUCGCCCAUUUCUAGCUGGAAAGUUUCUUCGAUUAUCUCAAAACCGUUACGCUCACCUGUUGCUUGUUGCCGUCACGAUGGGCGCGGACGAAGAGAGCUCUCCGAUCGUAUCCCUACCGGUACUAGGGGCCCUGCGUGGUUCUACGAGUGCCGGAGCAUGGACGGGACGCAAGAUUUAUCAGUUCUUGGGUGUCCCCUAUGCCCAACCCACGGGCGGUGGUAAUCGUUUUAAGCCACCACAGAAGGUUCUUCCCUGGCAAGGGGUGAAAGAUGCCACACGGCACGGGUUGCCAUGCCCGCAGCUGAAACAGAUUAGCCUGUUCACCGGUAAAGCAUUCGCUCCCGAUCCGGAAGACUGUUUAACCGUUUCGAUCUACAGUACCGAUCUGGCGGGCCGAAAACCGGUGAUGGCAUUCGUCCACGGAGGAGGAUUCCAUGAAGGUUGCGCCAAAAACCAGACGGCAGAGUACCUUCUGGAGCGGGACGUUGUGCUCGUAACGGUGCAGUACCGCCUCGGGCCGCUAGGAUUCCUUUCGACGGGGACAGAAAACAUUCCCGGCAACAUGGGGCUGAUGGAUCUUCGGCUUGCUCUUGAAUGGGUCCAGGAGUACAUCGAACGAUUCGGCGGCGAUCCUGGCAGUGUAACGCUCUUUGGACAGUCGGCUGGAGCGGCGGCUAUCUCGGCUCUUAUCUACAGUCCCCAGGUACCGGAAGGGCUGUUCCACCGCGUUAUCCUGCAAUCGGCUGGCUCCAGCUCACCCUGGGUUUGGGAUACUCAGCCGAGUGCGAGUGCGCUCGAGAUUGCGAUCCGUGCAGGCUGUGAGCCGAACGCUACGCUCGAGGAAGCAGAGCGCUUCCUAGCAACCGUCGACAUCUGGACGCUGCUCAGAAGCUUCUUCGAUUUGAAGGUGGAGAAAACGGUGGCCAAAGGGUUGGAUCAUGUUGGGGGGAAUCGCCUCGUGGCCGGUGAUUUUCAUGGUUUUCUACCCAAAUCGCCCUGGGAGUGCAUGCAGGAGGGCAAAUUCCGCAAACCCUUGGCCAUGAUGGCAGGGGUCACGAAGCACGAAGGAACGUUUCUGUUGACGACCGUCUAUGAUCAUUUCAAGCGUACCGGGCAAUUGGAUGAUCCCAACUUCGUGCGCUAUCAUCUGGUCGAUGCAGUGAACAAGUUCCUGGGUGCCCACGAUGCAACCGGAGCCCUCGGUGGGUACGAGAUGAGAACGUUGUUCACUGGGCGCGAACUGUCGAGUGGCAGUUUCGCCGAGCUGGCUGAUGGGCUAACGGAUCUUGCAGGAACGAUUUUGAUCAAAGCACCAUUGCUCCGCGAAGCACAGGCUAACGCAAGGGCCAAUCCGAAUGCCACCUAUCUCUAUACGUUCGAUUAUGUUGGUGAGAAGUCACGGUUCGGGUACGGGGCCGAUACAUCUCACUAUCCCUUCGGUGGUGGUGUUCAUCAUUCCGAUGAUAAAUUGUACCUGUUCCCGUAUCCUGCCGAAAAACCGGGGCAGCUGAAUGAAAACGACACUGCGAUGGCGAAGCUGAUGGUGGACUUGUGGACAUCAUUUGCGACCGGCGGAGUACCGAUGUCCGAUCGGCUGACCGAGAAGUGGAAUCCGAUGAGUGAGUACGCCGGUCCGUACCUACACAUCGAUAACCGGUUAAGCAUUGGAUGGAACUACUAUGAGGAGUUUACAGUAGCCAGCGAUGAGAAGCAUCGUCGAUCGAAAGAAUCUUCCGUUUGAUCCGGAACAGAGCAGAAGGAGGAUCUCGAAA